AUUCAAUUACCCAUUUUAGGUAACUGCGCCUUCAGUUUCAGGUACCAAUUUUCUCUUCAAUUUCCCAAAAAACCCAUUUAGAUUUUCCCCCAUUUUCAUCUUCUUCACAUUCAUGUAUUGCAUAUGCUAUUUCUCUUCUACAGAAUGACCCUUUAUGUUAGAGCUUCUAAAUUCAUCAUACCCAAAUCAAAUCUCAAUCAUUUCAGCUUUUUCGUAUUUUCUUCUCUUAAAAGAUUGAUUUUUUAUUCAUCUUUACAUCAGUUUCAAUGCCCAUCUGAGAUAAAAAUCAAUAAUAUUACAAGGAAUGGUAAUAAUAAUGGUGGCAAUGGCAUGCGGGAAAAUCCCUUUUCAGAUUCUGAUAUUCAGAGAUUAAUUUUGAAUAAGAUUGAAGAAAGGGGUUGGGUUACUGGGGAGGAAUUUUGGGUUGUUCCAGAUUGUUUUCAUUCUUUAAUUUAUGAUUCUGAUUUGUUGGUUAAGAUUCUUAGCUCAAUUCGUUGUCGACCGAGGGUUGCAUUGAGAUUGUUUAGGUGGGCUGAAGGGCAAAAGGGGUUUAAGUAUUCAGAGUUUUCGUUUUGUACCAUUCUUGAUAUUUUGAUACAGAAUGGUUGGGUAAAGUCUGCUUAUUGGGUGGUAGAAAGGGUGAUUAGUAGUAAUAUGCAUAAAGUUGUUGAUUUAUUGGUUGAUGGGUAUUUGAAUUUGAAGGUUUCUGUUGAGAUACUUAAUCUUUUUUUAAGGAUAUACACGAAGAACGCAAAUGUGGAGCUAUGCUUGUUAGUUUUCGAGAAAAUGCUGAGGAAUGAGAUGUUGCCUGAUGUGAAGAAUUGUAAUAGGAUUCUAAGGAACUUAAGGGAUAGGAAUUUAGUUACCAAGGCGAGAGAAGUGUAUAAGAUGAUGGGUGAGUUUGGGAUAAUGUCUACUAUUAUUACUUAUAAUACAAUGUUGGAUUUGUUUUGUAGAGAAGGUGAAGUAGAACAGGCUUUGGAUCUUUUAUCAGAAAUGGAGAGAAGGGAGUGCUAUCCGAAUGAUGUUACAUACAAUAUCUUGAUUAAUGGGUUAUCAAAGAAAGGGGAAUUUAACCAUGCUAGAGGUUUGAUUGGAGAGAUGUUGAAUAAAGGACUGAAGGUUUCAGCUCAUACAUAUAAUCCUUUAAUUUAUGGUUACUGUGUAAAGGGAAUGGUUGUGGAGGCAUUGAGUCUCGGAGAAGAGAUGGAAGUAAGAGGAGCUUCACCUACUGUCUCAACAUAUAAUACAUUUAUUUAUGCUCUUUGCCGGCAGGGGCAAGCUAGUGAAGCAAGAUACUGGUUUUCUGUCAUGUUGAAGAAGAAUUUGGUGCCGGACAUAAUGUCAUAUAACACUUUGAUUUACGGAUAUUGUCGGUUGGGGGAUAUUAAUGAGGCCUUUUCCUUGUUACAUGAUUUAAGGAUCAGGGGACUUUUUCCUACAGUGAUCACCUACAAUACAAUUAUGGAUGGACUCUGUAAAAAAGGUAAUUUAGAGGAUGCUAAGCAGAUGAAAGAGGAAAUGAUGAGACACGGUAUCUCUCCUGAUGUAUUUACUUAUACUAUUCUGGUUCAUGGUUCCUGCAAGGCAGGAAAUUUACCAAUGACAAAAGAACUAUUUGAUGAGAUGUUACAGAGGGGUUUGGAGCCUGACUGCAUUGCUUACACAACUCGAAUAGCAGGUGUACUGAGCCUGGGUGACAUAUUGAACGCAUGCAAACUACAAGAGGAAAUGUCAACAAAGGGAUUCCCACCAAAUAUAAUAAUCUACAAUGUAUUUGUGGAUGGUAUUGCGAAGCUGGGUAAUCUUGAAGAAGCAACUGAGUUGUUACAGAAGAUGGUUGGGGAUGGCCUUAUGCCUGACCACGUAACAUAUACCAGUAUAAUUCAUGCCUACCUCACAUUUGGGAACCUUAAGAAAGCCAGAGAGUUGUUUGAUGAGAUGAUAAGUAAAGACAUAGUUCCAACAGUUGUAACAUACACAGUGCUGAUUCAUGCGCAUGCCGGUAAAGGGAGGCUUGAACUUGCACAUAUGUAUUUUUCAGAGAUGCAACAGAAGAGCAUUCUGCCAAAUGUGAUUACCUUCAAUACUCUGAUAAAUGGCCUUUGCAAGUACAGAAGAAUAAACGAGGCUUACAGUUUCUUUGCUGAGAUGAAAGCAAGGGGAAUUAUCCCUAAUAAAUAUACCUACACCAUUUUGAUAAAUGAGAACUGUGAUUUGGGUAACUGGCAAGAGGUUUUGAGACUGUUCAAAGAAAUGUUGGAUAACGGAAUCCAGCCUGAUUCUUUUACAUACAGUGCGAUGUUGAAAAAUCUCGGCAGAGAUUAUAAAUCACAUGCCAUAGAAUACCUUGACUUUAUACUUUUCGGUGAUGAAGGCGAUGAAGGCACUGCCGAAGCAAAGAGUUGAAAAAUCCCUGAAUUGCCACUGGUAUUCUUGGAUGACUAGCUUUCUGUUCCUGGUCUUUGUUCUAAAGGCGCCACACCAUGAGCUUGUCCAUAAUAGCUGCUGGUAUGUGUCUGAUAUAUGUGU